CACACACACAUACACAGUGUUUUGGACUAUGGCUUCCACCACCUCAGGUGAUGUUCUGCCCACAGGCGGCAGGAUCUUCACCUCCAUUCCUGACGUGUUCUUCAUCCCUGAGUUUGACGUGGGCUAUCAUUUUGUGGCAGUGGUUUUCUACCUCAGUGCAUCGGUGGCUCUGGCAUACAUCACCAUUCAGUUGAAUUUAGGGUCGCAGAUUCUACUUGGUGAAUUUCUCAAAAUCUACAGACUGGACAUUGCUGCAGUGGUGAUGUCCUAUGUGGCCACUCUUCUUUACUUCAUCCAUGCCAUUUUCUCUGCCAUCCGAUGGAAGAGGUCCUAAAACAACAAAACCAACCCAACCACAAAUUAAGAAAAGAAGAAACCUAACCAGCUGACAUGUCAUUGGACUAAACACAGAACUGUUUUACUGUUGUUCUCAGAGUAACUCCUUUGAAUCAAAGUGCCCAAACAAUAAAUGAAAGAAUGGGUGAGAAACAAGCAGGUUAUUGAUGAACUUGUUACUUGUUCAGUCACUCAGUCAGUUAGCAAGGCCUGCUCAUUAUUACCCCUCAAUUUACUCUUUCUUCUUUACUCCUAAUCAGAAAGGCAGGUUUGGACAGACGUGAAGUAAAGUAAAGUGAAAUUAAUUGGAAUGAACCUGUUGUUAAAGUUAAAAUGUGUUUAUCAGAAAUAAAUGCGAUAUAAGGAAAGUAGAUGAGUGUAAAUAACUAAUACAACUGCAGAUUUAAUCAAAUAUCUGGGAGCAGGUGCAGCAUUAUAAUAUUUAAAUGGAAGAAAUCUAUAUUGAUAUAAAAAGAAAAUUGCACUGUAUAUUUUUUACAAAAUAAGAAACAUUUCUUAAAGGGUCAGUUCACCCAAAUAAGGGAAAAUGUAUUUACAAUAAAAGUUGUUUAAAUGAUUUUUUCUGAAGAAUAUCUACAGUAACCAGUUCCUGAAGAUAGAUUUGUCAUUCUGUGAGCACCACAAAUUAAAUGUAAUAUACCUCUGCUGUAUUUGUGUGGAGGCAAAAAUCUUAUUUAAGAGGGAUAUCACAAAUACUGGUCAAAUAAACCCCAACCAACUGCAUGUUUAGACACUAUGGGUAAGAGGAAAAUGUUUUUCUUUUAAUUUAAGUAAAAGUUAAGAUAUUUACAAGUCUGUCUUGUUAAUUAGUGGCUUUAUAUUGGUUCCAGAUGGGUACUCCAUAUGCUUAAUAUUGUACUAAUAUAAAGUUGGGGAAACUCCGCGCCCAUGGUUUGAACACAGGAAAAUUCACAAUCUUUUUGAAGAUGUAUUACAGAUCAGUAAUGAAUGCCAGACUUCUCCAGGUUGCAGGAAACAUUUCUACAAAUCAAAGAGACAUUUCACUAAGUAGUAGUAUGUUUACCAAGUCUUUUUAUUCCAUUUUAAUACUAUCUAUUUUCUUUCUUCUUUUUUGAAAGGCUUGGUUUUGAUGUAUGGUAUGGAUGGAUGUUUAAAAAAAUCUAAGGCUGUAAAUAUUUUGAUGAUUUCACUUUACAGGGGUUAUUGGAAAAUAAAUGAAUUGGACAUUCAUUAAACAUCA